AUGCUGAUGGACGCCUACCGCGAUGAACGCCCCGGGAUCCGCAUAGCCUACAGGACGGACGGCCACCUGCUGAACCAACGGCGGAUGCAAUUCCAGUCGCGCGUAUCCACAGCCACCGUGCACGAACUCCUCUUCGCCGACGACUGUGUCCUGAACACCACCUCGGAAGAGGAGAUGCAACGCAGCAUGGACCUGUUCUCCGCCGCCUGCGAGAACUUCUCUCUGGUCAUUAACACGCAGAAGACGGUGGUGAUGCACCAACCGCCACCCAACUCAGCCACAGCCCCCAACGCGCCACCGCCGCCGCAUAUCAGCGUGAACGGAAAUCAACUGCAAGUGGUGGCGAACAUCCCGUACCUGGGCAGUACCCUCUCGCGCAACAUCAAGAUUGAUGACGAAGUUGCCAACAGGAUCUCGAAAGCCAGUCAAGCCUUCGGUCGCCUCCAUAGCACAGUUUGGAAUCGUCAUGGUCUCCAACUGAGCACGAAGCUGAAGAUGUACAAGGUUGUCAUCCUGCCGACGCUACUGUAUGGAGCGGAGACUUGGACGGUGUACUCGAGGCAGGCACGCCGACUAAACCACUUUUACCUCAGCUGUCUCCGCCGCAUCCUGAGGCUGGACUGGCAGGACCGCAUCCCCGACACCGAAGUGCUGGAACGGACGGGAAUGCUCAGCAUCUACUCCAUGUUGAGACAAAUGCAGCUGCAGCUGGAGCGGCCACCUGGUGCGCAUGGACGACGAGCGACUACCCAAGACUCUUCUACGGAGACGUCGCGACGGCUUCUCGUCGUCAAGGAGGCCCAAUUCGUCGAUAAAAGGACACCCUGA